AUGUUGGCUGACGUACUCCCGAGAGGGAGAUGCAGCUCGGGCGGCGGCGGUAAAGCGGACGUCCCCCCGGAGAGGCUCUCGGUCAUCAGCUGUGAGUGCCACCAGCUCGCCGGCAGGAGGCGGUGCGCGGCGUCGCCGCAGCUCGAGGGCAAAGAGAACGAGCUGAAGGCGAGGCCGGGCGAGCCGGGCGGCGGCGGAGCGAAGCGGGAGUCGGAGGACACGGAUUGCGGAGAAAGCGUCAAAGACGUCUUCCCCGACAACGACAGCAAUCAGAUUCUUCCCGUGGAGCAGUUCUUUGGGAACUUGGGCGCUAUACAGGACUUCCCUCAGAGGUCGUCGGAGACGUCUGCCCGUGUUCAACGGGAGCGCAGGAGACGGCACUACUACGCACCGGAGGACAGCGACGAAGAGGAGGCGGCAUGAAGGACACGUGGCGAAGAAGAGCUGCCCGCGGUCUCAAAAGGUCCCCACACGAGACGCUCUGCGCCCAAAGUGUGUGUGUGUGAGAGGGGCGAUGCUCGUGAUUCGCCCGCUUACGCUGCGAGUGAGGGAAGCCUGAACUGUUUGCUGGAGCCGAGUCGGCGCUCUCGCACGCCGCAUGAGUGCGUCGGCUUUGAGCCGGCGGCCAGGAGGAGACACCAUCUUUGUUUCUUCGCGGUGAACUUUGAAAACGGACAGUUUCCAAAAAGCAGAAAAAAAGCCUUUGUUUUUCAACCCGUACCACUUGGCUCGAUAUCCGGAUCUAUCUUCUUAUUUCUUUAAGUGCAGCUACAGCACCACCUGUGGGGACACGGACAACAGUGCCUGUUUUGUUAUUUAUUGCUGGUGUUUUGGCAGCACUUUAUUUCAAUGAAUCGAGCUGCAUAACAUACGGAUUCAUACUUUUGAGGGCAAGUUUUCAGUUUGAGAUUAGCCUUGAGAAAUGCCUGCAUUCAAAACGACACAAUAUAUAGAUUUGUAAGGAGGGGGGAAAGAAAAAACAUCUAAUAUAUAUGUGGGAGGGGAGGGUCAGAGAGCAUUUAAUAUUAUUAAAUAUUAUUAUAAUUAUAUUUAAUAUAUAUACAUUAAUAUAUAACUUAUAUAUAUAUAUAAUGCAUAUUAAUAUAUAUUUAAUGUUACAUAUGUGUUCUAUAUAUAUUAUAAAAUAUACUAUAUUAUAAUGUACAUAUAUGCAACUUUCCUGACCGAGUGAACGCCGCCGCGUUGUAAUGGAUUUGUGCGUUUCUUACAUCACCGUGCCAACAGAGGAAAAUAAAUGUUUUUCAUGA